AAUUAUUUAAUUCGAAGACAAGGAAUUUAAAUCAAGAAACAGACUAUUUUUGUAUUCAGUAAACAAGAAAUUUGGAUACAAUUAUUUUUAAAAUUUUUAAUUUCCAAUAUUUAAUUGCAAAUGAAACAUCUGUUAAUAUCACAAAGCGAGGAAACAUUCUAUUUUAAAAUUACGGAGAUUUUUAUUUAAAAACACUCAAUAAAACUUGGUUUAACUAAUGUCAUUUUUGUCUAAGUCUUCUGAAUCAUCAAUUGCUAAAAAGCCUCCCGUUUUUCCAAAGGUUCGACCAAAUUUAUAUCCUGGAAAAAGCAAAAAUGACAGUAACUCAAAAGGAUCAAAUAGAAGAGUUAGAAGUGCAUCUACAGGUCGAGAUAAAAAAUCAGAAAUUCAAGCCAGAUAUUGGGCAUUUCUAUUUGGAAAUCUUCAAAGAGCUAUUAAUGAAAUCUAUGAAACUGUGGAAUGUUAUGAAAAUAUGUCUUCUUGUCAAGAAACUAUUUUAGUAUUGGAAAACUAUAUUAGGGAUUUUAAGGCUUUGGCAGAGUGGUUUCGUGUUUCAUGGGACUAUGAAUCUACACCAUUACCGCAGCGCCCAAAUUCACUUGCCUGGGAAAUUAGAAAAAGUAAUCCAGUUCCCAGAGUACAUAAAAGUUUUUCAAGUCCCUUAACAUCUGGGAAAUCUAGUCCAAAUUUUUCUGGUAAAAGCAGCCCCAGUUCUGCUGUUGAAGACAGCAAACCUUCUCCUAAAAAGUUCUAUUGUUAUGAAUCAACUUCUAAAAAUUCAACAGUUGGUAAAUUAAAUAUCAAGGAAUUAUUUAGCAAUAAAGGAAUAACGAAAGAAAUAGUGAGAGAACAAAAUGAAAUUCAAUAUGAGAGUAAUAGAAACUUGGAAGAUGCUGAAAGCCCUAAAGAGCAAUUGAAUUAUGAAUUUGGUUGUGAAAAUAAAGAUUUAUCCGUUCAAGUAGUUGAAAACGAAUUGUGUAAUAAGUUUGAUAAAUGUGAUAAUAGUACUCAAACAGAUUUAGAAGAUGAAAAUUUAACAUUAGCUGAAAUAAGAGAAAAACUACAAUCAAUGAAUAAAGAGAUUAAUCAUAAUCAAAAUAAAAGUCCAAUUUUACCUAGAUCAAUAAAUAUGGAUCUGAAAAACAAGAUUGCAGAGACUCAGGAAAAAACAGAAAAUACAAACAAAAUCGAAAAGAAAUCUGAAAACGUUACAACAAAAACUAUAGAAAAUAAGCAAAUUGAGAAAAAUCUUAAAAAACAGAUUAGUCCAGUAAAGUAUUCUACAAUUUUAAAUAAAAACAUUUCUAGUAAACCAGCGGCGAAAUCGGUGUCACUAAGAAAUAAAAAUUUUGUGCGGUCAACUUGUUCGUUAGAUACACAACAUGUUCAACCCGUGAACGACAGUAUUCCAAAUGCAAAUAAAGCAAAUAAUAAAACAAUAUUGAAUAAAAUUAAUUUUAGUACUAGUAAUAGCAUUAAAAAUUGCCAAAUACCUAUCAAUGUAGCCCAGAAAAAAAUCAGUCCACAACAUAAUUCAAAUUUAUAUAAGACUGAUCGAUGGAAGUCAUCUACGAAUGAUCGCAUUCCUCUGCGCUCAAAAACUAUGAUUGAUAUAAAAGACAGCAAGAAACAAAAUGUGCCUAAAAAUUCUAUAAGCUUUGGAAGGCUUUCAAGAAAUAGUAGCAGAUCUAUAAAUAAUUCAACUGAAUUAAAAAAUGAAUGUAAUCUCAAGUCAACGAAUUCUUUCGAAAAUUGUAAUGCCAACGUUUCCAAUUCUAAUCAAAAACAGCAAAGUCAAAACGACGGUUGGUUAACAGUAAAAACCAAAAGGAAAUCUAGCUCCCAUUGGGUUCAGCGCUUUAAUCAACCAACCGGUUAUGCAAGCUUACCUGCCCUUCCACUUUUGGAUGAAAAAGAUGAAUCUGAAAGAAAAAAGGACGAAAACAGAACGGAGGAAAAUGAUUCCAUUUUUAAAAAGGAAACUAAAAGUGUAGGGAAAACGAAACCUAACAUCGCAUCAAGCAGAAACUCGAAUAGACAAAUUACAAAACUAACAGCCAGGGAUAACAAAACAAAUAACAUUAAUAAUGGGUUAAAAACUCGUCAAACUCUCAUUAAAAGGCAAAAAUCUGAUUUAACUGGUUUAAAAAUAACAUCACUUCAUAAAGAAUAUAUAGAAAGUAAAAAGUUAAUAGAAAAAAGUAAAUCUCCACAAAGAAGUGUUGAGUCAAAUGAAAACAAAGAGGAAAAGAUUCAAGAUGAAAUUUUGAUUUCCGAUGAAAUAGACCCAAAUAAAAUUGAUAUUAAAAUCCAAACAAACAGGGAAUUUUCGAAAGCAAUAGGAGAUUUAUAUGACAGCUUAUCAGUUGGUCCCAAUUUUAACAGGAAUGAUGUUACACUUUCCAGUUGCGAUGAAUAUGAAGAAAGAGAUGAUAUGGAAUCUGAUGAAGAUCAACGUAAGUUGCUCGAAGAACAGGAACUUUUGGAAAAACAAAUUUUAGAGUUACAAAAUACGGAAAUUGAUGUAGAUACAGAAACUGAUGAAACAGACUGUGAAGUUAUGAUUGAUUUGGAUGAUUGCAACGAAAAAACUUUAACCAAUGACCUUUCACACGAUUCAUUUACUGUUCCAGAAGAAGACAUGACAUUAGAAAUGCGCUACUAUCCCUUAUUUUCGGAAAUGUCUAAUUGUGAAAGAAAGGAAACUCUUGCAACCUUACAAGCCUACGUUAGUCGAUACCCGGGAAGAGCACAGGAAUUACAUCAAAAAUUGUCUAGCCCAUCAAGGAGAAGAUCUUUACAAGAAACUCUCAAAAAAUAUCAAGCUAAACAAGCAAGAGCCAAAGAAAAGAGGGAACUACUUCAAAAAGAAAAGGCAUUAAAAAUUCAGCACCUUCUAGCGAGAGUUGAGGAUGUAAAAGCUGCUAAAUUGCAGUUAAUAGAGAAAAAACGUUUGAGAAUGGAAGAGCGAUUGAAAAAGGCUACGCAAAAUCGUAAUCAGUAUUUGCGCGAUAUUGUCAGAAAAGCUCAUGAUGAAGAAGAAAAGUUGAAAGAAAUAGCUUUUAUUAAAAAUUUAGAGGCACAAAAUAAGCGUUUAGAUUUUUUAGAAGCGUGCAAGGAACAUGAAGUUCGGCUACAAGAUUUGGAGCAAGAAAGACAAAAAAAGGUAGAAGAAAAAGCUGCAAAAGAAGCUGCUGUCGAACGCAGAAGACAAGAAAUUGAAAAAGCAAGACAAAGAAGAUUAGAAAAAAUGAAUGAAAGUCGAAUUGAGCGUGAACAAAGGAUUGGAAAAAUGCAAGAACAAAGGGAAAAGCAAAGAUUACAGAUAGCUAGAGAAAAAGCAAAAGAUCGCGAAGAGAGAUUGUUAGCAUUGCAGGCACAGCAACAGCAAACUACUGAAGAACUUCAGAAGAAAAUUAUUCAAAAACAAAUGGAAUCUGCAAGACGUCAUGAAGAAAAUAUCGAACAUAUUCGGCAACGAGCUUUAGAAUUGUCCAUACCUUCCCGAAACGUGGAAGAAUGUUCCACACCCAUUUCUUCAACAAAAAGUUUAGAAGAUUGCAAGCCAGAAGACGGAGAGCUUUCAUCUACUCUUUCAGAUGUAAGCAGAGAAAAUUCAAAGAAUCAAAAGAAAAAAUUGAAAAAACUAAAACAAAGAAUGGGUCAGAAGGCGGAAGAGUAUUUAAAGCAAUUAGCACCAGUUCCAAUUCAUAUUAAAAGAGAAAGUCAAGUUCCGAAAUUUCUUAAUUUAGUGAAUAAGGGAGGAGGCCCCUUAGGAAUGGAAAGACAGUUUAAUCAAUUACUUAGGAUCAUCGGAAAAGGUCAAGUAAAUGAUUUUCAAUGUUUUUGGUUAUUAGAUGGCUUGGGUACUGUUGCCUCUUUUUUAACUAAAGCUAUAGAGAAUGCAGAUGAAUUAAAUACAAGAACGACAAUUCUUUCAGUUCAACUCUAUAGGAAUGCUUGCAGUUCUUGCCCUCAAAUUGCUAGACAUUCUCUGAUGGGAAAUACUAUAACAGUGCUUUUUGAUGCUUUAACGAAAAGUUGUCAACUCCCAGAAAUAAAAUCAGCUCGAAUUGCAGUUCCAUUGUCAGUCGAACUAAUGUUAGCUUGCACCGUUGCUUUAUCACCAUCUGGAACUAAAAAGCAUAUUCCCAUCGUAAUAGAACGAAUUCCCGAUUUAAUAAAUUAUGCAAUAAUGACAGGUUUAAUAGGAAUUUUAUCUCGUCGUUGUAGUGAUAUACAAGAUUCUGUAGAAAGCCAACAAAGUGCUGUGUUAUCUUUACUGGCAACAAUUGGUCUUUUAACAAAAUUUACUGAAAUAUGUCCACAAGAUCCAAGUGAUCCAACACGUUUUUUAUCAAGUAUUAAAUCAACAGAUCUAUUUGGGGUUAUUACCACACUAUAUUCAAAUGUUGUGCUUGUUGGUGAAACUAUACCACCAAGAAUAAUAUCUUUAGCAGCAGCAGCAUUUAAUUUACUCAUAUCAGUUGCAGUCUUAGAUAUUAAUACAUUCCAGUCCGUAUUGACAGCCGAAUCUCUUAUUUCUAUGAAAUAUUUAGAUGUUGUAUCAAUGCUUUUGAAGUACUGUGGGCCUAAAUGUUUAGGUUUUGAUAAUAAUGAAUGUCAAGCAAUGCUAGUUGAUUUAAUAGCCAGUUUAGGUUUCUUUUGUGCAAAUAAUGACAAAAAUCAAAAUUUGUUAAUUACGAACCCUCACUGUGUAAUUUUAAAAAAUUUGAGAAAUUUGCCGGAAAAAUUCAAUGUUGUCAUUUAUCCAUGUAUUGUUACUAUCAUUGAUUGCAACGAAGGCGCAAGGAAAAUUGUAUCAACACAUUUUGAAUUAAAUUUAUUUGAUGAAUACAGAAAAUCAGAAAAAGCUAAAAAGAAUCAUUUAAUUGCUUUAUUGAAAGAGCAUUAAGUUUAUCAUAUUAUACUCUACGAAUCUCUAUGUGAUUUUAUAAAACAAUAUGAUUUUCUUCUAUUAAUUAAA